CGGCAACCGAGUGGCACCAGGUGGCACCAUUUAACCAAAAUUAGCUCUCGUGUGCGGUUUGGAUCAAAAAUUAAAGGAAACCUCGGCGCUUCGGAACAGAAUUAAAGCUAUGCUUUGUUGCGUGAACAUAUUGCCAGUCCCGCUACAGAUGUGCAUGGGAAUGUGCGUCCACCAAGACAUUAGGGAGGAGGCCAAGAAGGCCAAACUGCAGAGCUCCAAAAUCGAGCAGGACCUUUUUGAACAGGCCAGGAGUGAGAUAAAUGUGUUCAAAAUCCUCAUACUCGGAGCUGCAGAGAGUGGAAAGAGCACUCUGAUCAAGCAGAUCAAGAUCAUCCACAGUCAUGGCUUCUCCAAACAAGAGCUCAUCAGCUUCAAGAUUCACGCCCGCUCCAUCUUGUCCUCUAGUCAGUGUAUGGGAGACGACCAGGAGCUGCUUCCUUUUGUGGCUCAUGCUUUCUGUGCGCUUUGGGCAGACUUGGGUGUGCGAGCGGCUGCAUCCAGAGGUUACGAGUUUGAGCUAAACGACUCUGCACUCUAUCUGCAGGGCUCCACACCAAUUUAUCCCACGAGAAUUUUUGGAUCCGACUGUGUCGUGAUACCCUUGACUUCCCAAGGAACUGAGCGUGUACCUCCUCUGUGCGAGCCAUCCAUCGAGACAUCUACACAACUUUUCUUCGAGAACAUGAGUCGAAUCAUCGCUCCCAACUAUGUCCCCACUGAGAGAGAUGUUCUCCGAGUGAGAGUAAGGACCUGUGGAAUCAUUGAGACGCAGUUCCAAGUGAAUGAUGUUAUAUUCCGGUUGUACGAUGUUGGUGGACAGCGGAGCGAGAGGAGGAAAUGGCUGCGCUGUUUUGACUGUAUCCAAGCAGUGUUGUUCGUUGUGGCCCUGAGCAGUUAUGACAUGUCCCUCCCUCAAGAGCCAACUGUGAACCGGCUGCAGGAAAGCCUUGAGCUUUUUACAUCACUCUGUUCCAACGCUCUCUUCAAUUCCACCUCAGUGAUUCUGUUCUUGAACAAAACAGACCUUUUCCAGAAGAAGAUCCUACAUUCUGGAAGACACCUGAGAUUAUACAUUUCCAGUUUUAAAGGAGCUGAUGCAGACGUGGACUCCGCAGCUCACCACAUCACUGCCAUGUUCUCCGCUUGCAACAGCAGAGCCGAUCAGCCAGUGUUCCACCACUACACCACGGCCACAGACACCGCCAACGUCCGGGUGGUUUUUCAGAUGAUCAUAGACCAGAUUUUUAGGCAGAACCUCGCAGCUGCUCAGCUACUUUAGCGGGUUUCUCUAUACAGUAUAUGUAUUUUUAAUAUAAGUUUCACUGCUGUUUUAAAUAAAAUAUUUAUUUAGUUAAGAGUUGCCCAUUAGUUGGACCAUUUCACGUGUAUUAAGAAAUGGAAUAGCAAGCAAUAACGCAGGUAGGUUAUUUCCCCAUA